AUUACUUAAUUAGAAGAAGAUCAUCACACUUGUUAGUUAGAGUAAUUCCUUUGUCAAAUUAAACUAAAUGAUGAUGCCGUCCCAUGCACAUAAAUUAGCAUGCCUCAUACUUUGCAUUCUCUUGCUGAGCAAAUUGCACCACUGCUUUGGAGAAGAAGAGGCAGCCAGCAGUGUCUUGCUCGAGGAUGAUCAGGCUGCAAUGCCUUUGCAUGACUUGCGGAGUGCUUAUGCCAAAUUCUAUCAGCUAAUUGCAGGGAGGAAAGUUCAAGCUCAAGAGGUGAUCAAUAUCGAUGCCUAUGGUGCCAAUUCUCAGGGAUAUCUGAAGGCCUGGAACGCAGUUUGCUCUUCUUCCACUCCAGCCAUUUUGACGGUUCCAGAAAAGAAGAAUUAUGUUCUUCAGCCGAUCAUCUUCUCAGGCCCUUGCAAAUCUAGUGUCACUGUCAUGAUCAAAGGAUCUGUGGAAGCUCCGGUCGAUCGGUCGGUCUGGGCCGGCAAAAGAUACUGGAUAAUGUUUCGUGGUGUCGACAACCUUUCAGUUGGAGGCGGCGGAGUGAUCAACGGCAAUGGCAACGUUUGGUGGCAAAACUCAUGCAAGAUUAAAAAGUCUUCACCUUGCGUGGGCGCACCCACCGCGUUGACUUUUAACGGCUGCAAGAACUUGAGGGUGCAGAAUCUAAGGAUUCGAGAUAGUCAACAAAUCCACGUGUCGUUCCAGAGCUGCAGCGGCGUCGACGUAUCUCAUCUUUCGAUCACUGCUCCAGGAACAAGUCCGAACACCGAUGGGAUUCACGUCACAGGAACACAGAGCAUAACCAUCUCCGAUUCCGUCAUUGCAACUGGUGACGACUGCAUAUCGAUCGUGAGUGGGUCUGCUAACGUGAUGGCCAAAAACAUAGUUUGCGGACCUGGCCAUGGAAUCAGCAUCGGAAGCCUUGGAGGUGGGAAUUCCCAGGAUCGCGUUUCUGAUGUGACUGUGGACACUGCCCGUCUCAGUGGCACCACCAAUGGAGUCCGGAUCAAGACGUGGCAAGGAGGUAGUGGAUAUGCAAAGAACAUAGUGUUCAAGAACAUAGUCAUGCAAAACGUCAAGAAUCCUAUAAUCAUUGACCAGAACUACUGUGACUCGAAUAAGCCAUGCCAUGAACAGGGAUCAGCUGUGGAAAUAGGGAAUGUGCUGUACAAGAACAUAACAGGAACUAGUGCUUCAGAGGAUGCUAUAGCCCUGAGCUGCAGCAAGGCAACUCCAUGCCAUGACAUAGUGUUGCAAGAUAUCGACUUAGGUCAUUCCACAAAAAGCUCCUGUGAGAAUGCAAAAUGGAGCAAAUUAGGAAGUGUUGUGCCUUCUCCUUGCACCAACUAGCUAGUCAGUACUAAACUGUGUGCUUAGUAGUAGUCAUUAAGAGAAACAGACAGGCUAAGUCUGCUCUAAAUGACUGGUAAUUCAUGUUUCAUGUAGCCUUUAUCCAUUAAUGAACCUA